AUGUAUUCUAGCGAGGUAUACGAAUGCGGUCCUGUGUAUGUCCGCGAAAAGGGUGAGCUUCGUUGUGUAAAGACUGUAAACUGCGAUGGAGCACGGCAGUAUGCGGGAUGUAAACCUCACCGACUUUUUGAGAGGGACUUCUCCGUGCGGCUAUGCAUUGACAGUACAUCUCAGGCCACCUCAGCCAAGAAUGAUGACCACAUUGUUUUCACUUACAAUAAAGAGGGAAGUUUGCGCUAUACCGCGAAAUCUUUGUUUGACAUCUGCUUGUUGUUUAUCGCCGAAAAUGUCCAACAUGUUGAUUCCCUUGUUGGCUUCCCUGAACAAAUGGCAGACAGACUGUUUGCAACGGCCGAAGAAAAACAAAAAUUUUCAGAUCCUUUGAUUGCACCGAAGGCCUUACAAGUCUUUAGUGAGGCGUACGGGGAGCUUGUUUUGAAGUCACUGUGUUUGAGGGACAGGGGUCCCUUGGUCUGUGAAAGACUAGACGAAAUUAAAACGUUUCGAGGUCUGAGGUGCCUGGACCUUUUUGGCUGCAGACUGGGUGAUCAGCAUGAUAUUUUCAAACACAUCACCUCAGAAGCAUUGAACAGCCUUGUUCAGCUCUCCUUGGGGGGUAACUGCCUCUCAGAUAGAGGCCUUCAGACACUGACGGCUCCAGUUAGAGUGAUGAAGAGAGGCCUUGAGAAUCUGCAGUUACUGGAUUUGUCUUACAACCAAAUCACUGAAAAAGGAAUUGGAUAUCUGACAUGCCUUCCAAAAUUAAAAGGACUCGAUAUCUCAGAGACAAAUGUGAAGUUGGAUGCAGGAUUGAAAGAACUUCUGUGGAAUAAGAUGGGUAUGAUCCUGUCAGAACCACCAGUUGAGACCUUUAGUCAUUCUUCCUGUAAAACAGAGGGCUGGGCUGAGCAAGUUAUAAACCAAUGGGAGAUGAAAGCUGCGGAACUGCCGAAGAAGGAGCCAAAGCCAAGAACAAACGCGCUUCAUUUUUAUGGGAGGACAAAGUUUGUUCGUGAGGCAUUAAACUCCACGCCUACGAAAUGUGGCCAGCGCGUGGGCAAAACGCUCUGGAUACAGUUUCUUAAACCAGAACCAAGCCUCAAAAGAAAGCCGUCAGAACACAGCUCAGGCAUCGAAGGAACGCUCGCAACACAGAAGAAAAGGAAAAGGUUUUCCACGAAUCAAGAACAAAUUCAAUAA